GCCAUGCCGAAGGCCCGCCGCCCAUGCACGGUCUGUGCCAAGUGUGGUGGAUGGGUUUACGACUGGAAGCUCCAGCGCUCGGAUGGUUGGUGCGACCGUUGCAACGAUGUCAUUGAUUCGCCGAAGUGGCAGACGUGCGGGGACCAGGAGGCCCGCGGCGUGCAGCCGCCUUGGUGGUCAAACCGGCCGAGGCUCACCCCCGAGCAGGAGUUGGACACCAUCAUCAAGAAGUUCGAGGAGAAGAAGGGCAGCUACAAGGUGGAUGUGGACCUGCAGGCGCUCCGUGACUUCAGGGGCAAUGUGGUCGAAACGAUCCCGAAGAAGCGAAAGCGGGAACUUCCACAGUCCCUGGCGCUCAAGCAGGCUGUCAACCGUAAGGAGCAGGCGCAGAAGGUGCAGGACGAGGCAGCCGCCAAGAUGGCCGAGGCGGAGGCGGAGCAUCAGCGCGUGCUCGACGAGUAUUCUGCGCAGUCCAAGGCGGUGCCCCCGCAGGAGGCCCCGACCAUGCAGGGUUGGAAGGCUCCUGAGGUUGACGAAUCGCUCUUCGAGGAGUUGGGCGGCUACGACGCGCAGGAUCGAGCGAAGCUGCUCAAGUUUAAGGGGGACAUGCAGGCACUGGCGGCGCUGGUCAGCAGCGCGCACGCCCAGUGCAAAGAUUUCGAUGAGCUGGCGGAGCAGGCGAAGGCGGUGCAGCAGGCCCACAAGGAGAUGCGCAGGAAGGUCGGCGACGAGGGGGCCAUUGCCUUCGCCGUCUCUGGUGGGCCCGUCCCUCAGGAGGUGGAGGAGACCCAGAGCGACGACCAGAGCGCGGUGGUGCCGAAGCGUGAGAAGGCCGUGGACGAGAAGAAGCAGAAGGCAGCGGUGGAGCGCAUCAAGGAGCAGUCCAAGGCCAGGCUGCGCGAGGCGCGAGGCACUGCCCCCUCGUCAGCGGCAGCGUCCAGCGGCGCAGCGGCCCCGAGCAAGGGCGACGAGAAGGCCCACAAGUACCUCGACGAGACAGGCAACACUAUGGAUAUAUUCAUGAUGUGCGAGACGCACGCCAUCAAGCAGGAGAUCCCGCAGGCGAAGUCCACGAUGGCCCUGGAUGGACGGCGGCUACUGGCGACACCUGCGACACCUACACGUAAGUCUGGCACAGGGGCCUCGGGCGGAGAGCUCAUUGCAAUCAGGUCUCAUAUCGCGGCGACUGGCUACGACGAGGUCCGCGCGAAGGUCCAGGGGCAGGGGAUGGCUUUGGUUGGUGGAGUCAGUUUAAAGAAGAUCUGCGCGCUGGCGGCGUUCGCGCAGUCGAUCGCGGACCCGUGGGUCAUCAUGGCGGACUGGAGCGCCCCGUGCCAGGCUGACUUUCUGGACAAGAUUGGGGCCGUCUCGUUGUGCCCUGAUGUCACUCUAACCUGUGACAAGGGCAAGGGCAGCCUCAUUGAUUGCGGCAUCGCCAGGAAGACGGAGUUGCAGGCGCAGAGGGCGGCGAAGCUUGAGGCCCAUCUGCAGGAGGCGUUGGAGGAGCUGGAGGCGGCCACGGACACGGAGGGCCAGGUGAUGCCGUACAUGAUCCCGCUCGACGUUUGGCAGCGUGCGCAGGAUAGUAUACAGCAGAAGGAUAUGGACCACCAGAUGUCGGGGGAGAUGCAGUGUGUGCGUGACGACCUCACCUACGGCUCGGAGGACGCGCAGCACCAGCGCACAGGGCGCGCAGCUGGCAUGGGCAGCCGCACCGUCAAGACUAAGGCCACCCCGGGCCGCGCGCGCAUGAAGUAUGCGCCUGCGGAGCACUGGGGUGUUUGCACGACACUGCUCAGCCGUUACCUUGCGCUCAGGCUACACCAUAGUGACUUUCGACAGCAACGUUCGCGCGUGAAGGAGCUGCAGGCGCAGGUGCACAGCAUGGGGACCAUGGACCAGGAGGCUGUCUUCGGCAAGAAGGUGCAGCAGGAGGAGCGCAGCCCGGUCGACGAGCAGGUGGGGCGGCUAGGCAGUCUCACCACGGAUGAGUUGAAGAGAGUGUUGGCUAGGUUCGAGCGCUUCCAGGCGGCGGCGCAGGCCCGCGGCUUUACUGCGGAGAGACAGGGCUUCACUAAGUGGGCGAAGGGGAUGUCGGCGAGCAAGCCUGGCGCCCUCCACCGUCGCGUCAAGGAGAAGCUCGCCCCAGUUUAUGAGCUGGCCCUCAACGCGGAGCAGCAGGUUGCGGACCCCGACACGGUCAUGGAGCACGAGGCGAGGUUCUGGGAGCAUAUCUGGAAGGAUCCCGUGGGCACGCGUGCGCAGAUCACGGAGUUUCUAGUGGAGCUGGCUGAGCAGGCCAAGGAGGAUGAGUUGGAGCCGGUCACGAUAGAUCAGGUGGACGCGGUCAUCAACAGGUCGAGCGACGCGAAG